AUGAGAGAUUGUCCAACCGGUGAAUUAACACGCGACUCCUUUAUCCAAAUUUAUAAGCAAUUUUUUCCUAAAGGACGAGCAGAAAAUUUUUGUGAGCAUGUCUUUCGUGCAUUUGAUUCGGAUAAUAGUGGAAAAAUUGAUUUUAAAGAAUUUUUACAAGCAAUUAAUAUAACAUCCCAAGGAACUCCAGAUAAGAAAUUAGAAAUGGCUUUUCGAAUGUAUGAUUGUAAUGGAGAUGGUUCAAUAGAUGAAAAUGAAAUGCGACGAAUUAUUAAUGCUAUUUAUGAAUUAAUUGCUGAAGAAACUGAACAACCAGAACGACAAGUUGAAGCAGAUGAACGUGCAAUGAAUAUAUUUCGUAUGAUGGAUAAAAAUUCUGAUGGAGUAUUAAGUCGAGAAGAAUUUGUAGAUGGUUGUUUAAAUGAUGAACAAUUGUAUCAAUUAUUAACUCAAUCGAGCCGAUUUGGAGACAAUAAUCGUGGAUCACAAUCAUCGCUUGACGAUUAA